UUGAGCAGAGUUCUUUCAGAGAUAUGGAUUUACGGAUCCUUUGAUAGUGUCUACACAGGUUUUGCAUUUAAGAAUACACUUUUAUUAGCACGUGUGCAGUCGCCAUGCACAUGUGAUUUAACUCCGUUGUUCAAGAAAUGCCUAGCGUGAUCUUGGUGUAAAUAAAGCCCGCAAGAUCAUCAUAUCUAGCCGCUUGUCACCUACUGGUGUCGCAUUCAAGUCUGUGUUGGUGAAACCGUGCGUAAUUCUUGUGUUUUCACAACACUGUUUGGUGUGGUACACUGCUUUUUCUGCACCGGCUGCACGGUUUUCAAAAAAAAAAAAAAAUACCAAUACAAGGAGUGCAUAAUGGGGGUUCAGGGUUUGAACCACUUCAUGGAGAAAUGCUGUCCAGACACAUGCAUUAAAGUAAAUCUGAGAAAAAUGGCAGAGGAUCACAGGGCAAUUUACCCUUACAGCACUCCCACACUGGUUGUGGAUGGGAUGGCAUGUGUGAGACAGUGGUACACUUGCCAAGCGUGGGUUCAUGGGGGACAAUGGAAAGAGUACAUGUACCUCCUGAACCAGUUUGUGUCAGCAUUUUCAGCCUUAGGCAUUAGGCUAGUGUUUUACUUUGAUGGGACUGUUGAGGACCGCAAGCGUGCAGAGUGGGUGCGACGUCGGCUCAGGUCAAACAGAGACAUUGCCAAGAUAUUCCACUUCAUCAAGACCCACAAACAACAGCCUGGCAAGGAGUUGUUCGCCCUACCCUCGGGCCUGCCCACCUUCUCUCGCUUUGCCCUGAAGUCCCUGGGACAAGAGGUCAAGUGCUCCACACGAGAGGCUGACUUUGAGAUAGCCAGUUAUGCCAACAGCCAUGCCCAUGAUUGCAUGGGUAUCCUGAGUCAGGACUCAGAUUUUGUCAUUUAUGACACAGUCCCUUAUUUAUCUGCCAGCAAGCUUUGUUUGAAAAGCAUGACCACGGUGUUGUUCUCCAGGGAGAGGCUGUGCCAUGUCCUGGAACUUCAGAAAACGGAGCUUCCAGUUCUUGCUUGUCUCCUUGGGAACGAUUUUGUCCCAGAAAGUUGUAUGAGGCAUGUCAGAGACAGAGCCGUGAAUGAUCAUCGGAGCCAAUAUGGGCAACACGAAGGAGAGAUGUUUUUUGCUCUCGCACAGUUCAUGAUUAAAUACCAUACAGAUAAUGGUGGUUAUAGUGAUUUCUUUACUCUGCCACUUUCUAUGGAGGAGAAAGAGCUCUUGGAAAACGGGAGGCGCUCUUAUGUGCUUCCAGGUCAAUUUAUUCCAUUUAUCGGUCAAGAGUGGUGUCCCCCAGACAAGGGUUGUGCAAUGGAGAAAUUGGUCUCUGCUUCCAUCUUGCAGGCAGUCAAAGAGAAGCAUACAAGAGCCGACUGCUUCCUCCUUUACAAUGUCCUGUAUGAUGGAGUGGUUGAAUGCAGCAACACUCUUGAAGAUGCGGAGAACAUGGCUCUGCCCUCUCAAGCCUCUGUCUUCCAGCCACUCAGAGAGCGUCUGUACGGCCUGCUGAUGUUGCAGCCCACGCUCACAGGUGAUGCUGAGGCAGUACCUGCGGUGAAGGAGUGGUUUGUGUAUUCUGGAAACGCCCUAGUGGAGCCUGCCCUGGUGCCCCCAAAGCAGAUUAGUGACUCAGAGGCAUGGCCUGAUUUAAGAGACCUAUGGUUGUUUAAGAAAGAUGCUGAAGCAAGACCUCUGCAGCUGUCCACUUUCCUAGCCAUCCUUGACCUGCGGGAAUAUGCUCAUCUCCCAGAUAGCAUUGAAGAGCCACUGCUGGUCGCCCUGUGCCUCAUCACAUACAUCUUUCUACAGGUGUCGGACCUCUCUUUGGAAGAUCUGGACGCUUAUCUGAGUCAAGCCGUCUGUGUCAUGUUCAAGCUGCACCCAGAGCUGGCCCACAUCAAGGUUCCCUGCGUGGAUGCCAGGGCAGUGCAGCUGGGCUCCCUGUUCGUGCGAGGCCUGACAUACCUGGUGGCGGCCAACAGCGCCUGUGGCUCUCCCAUCGCCAUGGAUACGCUGAUGCCCUGGAGGACGUUCGAUGGACUGCUGUUCCACCAGAAAUAUCUCCUGGCCCACACUGGCCAGACGCCAGAGGAACUGAUGGAGGACCAGAGGUCAUGGAUCUCAAAAUUCAACACUCUCAGAGAGCACGUCAUCAGUGCCUGCAGGAGUCGUGGCAGACCCAUACUAACAGCUCCACGGGAAGGCCAGCAAGGACCUGGGAGGCCUGGGAGUGAGGCGUCCUCAUCUGCGGCGGCCAGUACCCCAGUGCAUCAUGGGUCGCCACAGAGUACCAGCAGGCCCCAGCAUGGCAGCGUUCCUGCCACUUACACUCCAGGUGAUGGAUUCCAGCCACGUGUACAGCGUCGUCCCGGCAGAAGGGCGUACCGGUUAGCUCCAAGGUGGCCCCAGAAUAAUCCCCGUCCGUAUCAUCCAUGAACAGGCACAAUCGCCCUUGCCUGAUUGUCAUCGACUUUCAAAUCUUGUUGCGUCACUAGGAGGACACGGCCUGGCUACAGUGCCUACAGAAGGUAGAAGGCACACUGCAAAUCCCUUAACAACUCUACCUCUACUACAACCAGUAGCUGUCUGAAAUCAAACUGAACGUCAGGGGCUUGUACUAGGAAGCUGGUUGAGGAGUAAACCAGGU